GCGCUGAAGCUUUACCUCAUUACAGACUCUGCCGCCUUGAAACGGUCGCCCUCGUCAGCCCACGCGAAGAGUGAGCUUGCCGGAUUGGGCCCGUCCGCAAGGUCGUGGCCUUCAGCCUCAGCCUUGAACUCUGCAACGGUCGCAUCGCGAAGCCGUUCACGAUGCUUGACCCCGUCUCCGCAGUGGGAGUGGCAGCAGCCACGGUCCAGUUUCUCGAAUUCACAACGAAGCUACUCGCGACCGGAAAAGAAAUCCACGAUUCGGCCCAUGGUACCACCGAGGAACUUGUCCAAUUAGACGAGGUGUAUUCGCACCUCAAGAUGAUCAGCACGAAGCUCUCUCGAUCCGGUACGCCGACUGAUGGGAUGCCUCAGGAAGAGAAAGACCUGUGCAGACUGGCAACAUCAUGUCAGCAUGAAUGCGAGGGCUUCAUGGCGGCCAUAGAGAAGCUUGGGAAUAAAAGUGGGUCAAAGCGGGCCUUCAAAAGCUUCCAACAGGCUUUGAAGAUCAUCUGGAACCAAAAGGCCAUUCACACACUUGAAUCGAGAUUAGAGAAGUAUCAGAGGGAGCUAACAUUAGCUCUGGUUACUCGUUACGGCAAUGGCCAGUCAUCUGUCGUCAGUGGUCUGCAAAGUCUCAUUGCAGACAAUCGCCGGCUCGAGUUCAAUCAGAAGAGUCAAAGCGAUAGGAUCCUUGAGCUGCUUGAAGACAUAAAGCAAGGCGCCGGCCGUAUGUCAUCAACCCAGUUCGAUGGCCAGAUUGAGAUGAUCACUAUGAAACUGCCCGAGGCCUUUCACAUCGCAUCCGACAUGAUCCGGUAUCGAAGAUUCCUCCAGACCCUCUAUUUUUCGUCACUCAAAGCCCGGUACACGCGUAUCGCGAACGCCCAUGAGCGAACUUUCAAUUGGCUGUUCCAGGAUUCUGACACAGAGAGCGAACGCCAUACCCACGGCCGGCAUUUUGUGAGUUGGCUCCGGUCUGGCGAUGGCAUUUUUUGGGUCUCGGGAAAGCCAGGUUCCGGAAAGUCCACACUAAUGAAAUGGAUAUCCAGCCAGAAGAAAACUGAAGAGAUCCUGUUUCAAUGGGGAAAUCUGGCAUGGGAUAUCGAGCAGGUAGUUAUGGCCAGCUUUUACUUCUGGAGUGCUGGGACAGCCAUGCAGAAAUCACAGCAGGGUCUGUUUCAAUCUUUGCUGUACGAAAUUUUCAGCCAUGCUCCAGAUCUGAUACCGCAAGUGUGUCCUGCGAGAUGGCAAGCGACAGAGCUAGGAGGCGUUCAGGAUCCAUGGACCGUGAACGAAAUAUCAGACGCCAUCCAGCGCGCCAUUUGCCUCCCGGGGAGCACUACCAAAUUUUGCUUCUUCAUAGACGGCAUUGAUGAGUACAGUGGCGACCAUUUCGAGAUGGUACGCUUACUCGAAGAAUUCUCCCGACUACCAAACGUCAAACUGUGCUUGGCGAGCCGACCAUGGAACGUCUUCGAAGAUGCAUUUGGCCAGUCUCCGAAGCGUAAGUUCUACCUUCAGGACUUAACCCGAGGAGAUAUCGAACAGUACGUGCGUAACAAGUUCGAUCAGCAUCCAAUGUGGCAAAGCCUCUCGCACGACGACACCCAGUACAACAAUAUUGCUACGGAGAUCAUAGAGCGAGCACAAGGGGGGUUUCUCUGGGUUUUCCUUGUAGUUCGAUCGUUGCUCGACGGGCUGACAAAUGGCGAUACGGUGUCCCUCUUACAAGAAAGACUUCGACAGAUUCCCACCGAUCUACGGGAAUUCUUCAAGUAUAUAUUGGCUUCCCUGGACCCAUUGUACAAAGCUCACGUGGCACACUUCUUCCUGGCCUCCAUGGACUCCCCUGAGCCGCUACCGCUCUUGAUGUUCUCCUUUUUCGAGGAAGAAUUUGAUAGACCAGACUACGUGCACGAUCUCGACAUUACCGUUCUGAAGUCGAAGGAGCUCAAAAAUCGACACAAGCAGACGAAAAGACGCCUGAAUGGUAGAUGCAAGGGGCUGCUAGAGGUGCACCGCAACUAUUGGGAGGUUGACUUGUUCGACUAUCAGAUCGAUUUUCUCCAUCGUACCGUGAGAGACUUCUUCAUGACAGAGGAGAUGCGUCACGAAUUCGAAUCAAGGCUC